AGUCCGCUGCUCCCACUGUGGGAAGUGUUGAGCAGAGAUUUUUGUUCUUCCUUCAUUUUUUCUGUGUUUUGAAUCGAUGUGGUUUUCUGGUUUUCUAAUUAUUUGUGCUAGUUUCUUGUGGGAAUAGAUUAUGAUAGAAGAUCAACUUUGAAAUGGAGUUAGAAAAUUAGCAAUAUCAUUACCAUCAUUUUUGUAACAUUAUAAGGUUUUUGCAUUGCUUGUUCAAAUUCGAGCCUAUACUGAUUACUAUUUUUGCAAAGAGUGCUUUAUGCUCAAUCACUUUUUCAUCAAAGAUUGUUUACCAGAAUAAGUAUUUUUCAUCACAGCAUUAAGAUAGCUAGUUUACCAGGAAGAAAGCAAGGUAUCUGUAAGUCCUAGCUGCAAUUACCAUGAUUCUUUCUAUGUGAGUUGGACGGAAAAGAACAGAGUAUGACAUUAUAAUACUCCUAAACUGUAUAUAUAGAAAGACUGUUCAUUAUAGAUAUGAUUGUGUUUACUCACCACUAUCCAUUGUAGAAAUUGUGUUCAACAGGAUAGCCUUUACGAGCAAUCUUGAAGGAGACUGUUGGUCUUUAUAUGACUUGAUGCCUAAAAUGUGCAAUUUCUUGGCUUUACCUGGAACUUUUUCUGGCUCUGCCGUCUUGAUUAACUUAUAAGGCUUGUACUAUGGAUACUAUAAUGUAUAUAUACUUCACAAAUACAGGGAAUUGGUAACCCUUUGCUUUUGUUUGGGGGUGUUGGAGAGGAGUUUCAGUUCUGCUGUUUGUUUACUUAAUUUGUAGGGAUUCCUUUAUAGUGGGGUAUGAUUUUUGCCUUUGGCUAUUGACUCUGUUUUCUGCGAAUAGAUUGAUCUCCUAGAAAUUUUUCUUCACAAUUUCCAUUGAUCAGACCUUUUUGGGCUUUGUCUGCACAUCUGAUUCACACUUUGCGUUUUAUUCCGUAAUUUUUGUGGCCUCUAUUUUUAGAUUUUUUUAUUUCAGUUCUCCUGGAUUACGGUCCUUGCAGCAUAGCUAAAAAUACACUUUGCAAGUCUCGCUAUAUAUACAUAGAAAUCCGUUUACAUGCUUGAUAUUUUGUUGUUAAUCCUGAUGUUGGGUUACCGUUUUCUUUGACAAAGAAUUGAUAUUCAGUGGAUGACGGUGUUGAAGAGAUGUGUUUUAAGACUGUUCAUAUCAUUGAAGUAUAUAACGGCGAAUGUGGUAGACAGAAAUAAUGGACGCAUAGUUGCAACCCCCUCAACGGUUGAACAUGCUCUAAAAGAUAAUCUUGAAUGUGGUCGUUCUUGCAAUGCAAAGGCGGCAGGUGUUGGAGUGCUGGCAAUGAGACUCAUAGUGGAGGGUCUUGAACAGGGCCAGGGAAGGGGAAUCCAUGUCGAUGUGAAUAAGGAAAUCGAGAAGGAAGGUUUCAAGAAUCGGACAAAGAUCUGGGCGGUUGUGAAUGCCCUGAACAACAAUGGAGACAAACUUAUUCUUGAUGAUGACGACAAUGCUGUACUUGACUCCAGCUAUACAUACCGGCAAGGAGAGUAGUUUCUGAAUUCCAGAAAUUGACCAUUUUGCUCAAUUUGAAAUUGCUUUUUGCUCAGGUAAUGACAUGUUUUCCUCGUAAUCAGAAUGGAAAGUGUAGAUGCUAUACUGUUUCCCCAUCGGAAGCGUAGACUUGCAAAUGCAAUUUUGUGAGAGGUGAUGAUUAAUACUUUGACACAUAACACACUGAUUAUUCUUGUAGAAACCACUUUGUGCAAUACCCUGUUAACCAUCACAGCAAAGUUCGUGUUGCAAGUAAGCAGGCCCUGAUUUCACUCGGGCAUGAGUUCUCCUUCAAUGAUUGAUUUGUAAUAAUCUGAGCAAUUUAUCUCAACGUC